AUGGGGGCUUGGGCAAUCGCAGCAGUAACAGUCUUUUCUCUCGGCAUAUUUUUUAAUAUUAUCGUAGAGAAUUUAACAUCACCUUUUCAAAAAAAAACUCGUUCAAAUGAAAAUGAAGAAUGCAGAGAUGAUUUUGACGACCAGUAUGGAAAUAAUUCCACACGAGACGAAAGUGAUAAUUCCACACGAGACGAAGGAAACGAAGGUGAUUAUUGGACGGAUUUGGCUGAAUAUAUGAGUAUUAUAGAAGAGACAACACUUUUACUCGCUGCCGCAGCAUUCGUAUUCUUUUCUGUGGUAAACGAACCACCAACACCUUCGUGUUCUAUGGUACCUCCUCAGUGCAACUGUUCCCAAGACGAAGAUACCGAUUCGGAUAUAUCGGAUGAUUAUUCAGACUUAGACUUGGGUGAUAUUGAUUAUUAUUUUAAGGACUAUGAUUGGAGUUAUGAAAGUACUGAUGUUCAUGAAUCAAAGUAA